AGGAAGGCAGCCAUGAACCUCAACUUCACCUCCCACUCGCUCUCUUCCCACCGGGGCCCGACCUCCUUCUUCAUCGAGGACAUCCUGCUUCACAAACCCAAACCUCUCCGGGAAAUGGCUCCGGACCCUUUCCACGCCCGGGUCCCCCUCCUGGACUACGGAUACCCCUUGAUGCCCCCACCGGCCCUCUUGGCCCCUCACCCACACCAUCCAAGUCUCCACAAACCCGACCACCACCACCAUCACCACCACUCGCCUUAUUUCCUCACCGCUUCGGGUCUCCCGGUGCCGGCGCUCUUCCCGCCCCACGCGCAGAGCGACCUCCCGGGGAAGCACUGCCGCCGCCGCAAGGCCCGCACCGUCUUCUCCGACUCGCAGCUCUCCGGCCUGGAGAAGCGCUUCGAGGUGCAGCGCUACCUCUCCACGCCCGAGAGGGUCGAGCUCGCCACCGCCCUCAGCCUCUCCGAGACCCAGGUCAAGACCUGGUUCCAGAACCGAAGGAUGAAGCACAAAAAGCAGCUGAGGAAGAGCCAGGAGGAGCCCAAAGGCCUGGCAGGGGAAGGUGCGGAGUCUGGGGCCAGCAGCGACCCAGAAUUGGGGGCCUUGGAGAAACCCAGUGUUUCCUCUUCCUCCUCCUCCUCCUCUUCUUCCUCUUCCUCCUCCUCUUGCAAAGCUGGCCCUCCACAGCCUCCUUCUUACCUUCUGGAGGAAACAGAAGAUGAAGUGGAUAUCAUAGAAGGGGCUGAGAUGUGUGGGCCCCCCCAGCACCUCAUUUAG